AUGGGUCCAUUUCAACCUAAGUUAGCAGAGUAUCCAAGGACUGAAUCAGGGAGACAGUAUCGUCGAUUUCAGUACACUUGGUUUGAUCAAUUUCCUUGGCUAGAGUACUCUCCAUCAAAGGAUGCAAUAUUUUGUUUUCCAUGCUUUAUCUUUGAAAACAAAGUGUCUCGUCAUCUCACAUUCACCACCGAAGGCUUUAGAAGUUGGAAGAGGGUUAAUGAUGGGGUUAGAUGUGCACUUUUGAUGUAUGUGGGAAGUCCCACUUCACCACAUAAUAAUGCUGUGAAAUCUGCUGAAGAUUUAAUGAAAGUAAGUAGACAUAUUGAUAAAGUGUUGAAUGCACAAACUGUUGAAGAAGUUCAGAAAACUUCUAAUAAUCGAGGUAAUUUUUUGGAGAUGAUAAGACUUAUGGGGAGACUGAAUGUUGACAUUGAUGAUGUUGUCUUAGAAAAAGCUCCGAAAAAUGCAAAGUAUACCUCGCCGACUAUUCAAAAAGAGAUUUUGCAUAUUCUUGUGAACAAAGUGAGGAAAAAGAUUUGUGAAGAAGUUAGAGAUGCAAAGUUUUGUAUUUUGGUUGACGAAGCCAAAGAUGCAUCAAAUAAAGAACAAAUGGCUAUUGUUUUGAGAUUUGUUGACAUUCAGGGUUUUGUACGAGAGCGUUUUUUUAGUAUUGUGCAUGUUUCAGAUACUACUUCUUCAACACUUAAAAAAGAAAUUUGUGAUGUGCUCGCUCGAUAUAACUUGUAUAUUUUUAAUAUGCGAGGUCAAGGGUAUGAUGGUGCUAGCAAUAUGCGUGGCGCAUGGAAUGGACUACAAGCUCUAUUUCUCAGAGAUUAUCCUUAUGCAUAUUAUGUACAUUGUUUUGCUCACCGACUACAACUGGCAUUAGUUGCAGCAGCUGGAAAUGAGAUUUCUAUUUGGUUAUUUUUCUCAAAAUUGACAACCAUUAUCAACCUUAUUUGUGCUUCUCCCAAACGUCAUACCGAGUUACAUUAUGCUCAGGCUAUAGAAAUUGCACAUAUGGUAGCUACUGGAGAAUGUGAGACCGGUAGAGGAGCUAAUCAAAUUGGUAAUUUACAUCAAAGUGGAACUACUCGCUGGAGCUCUCAUUUUGAUUCUAUUUGCAGCUUAAUAGAUAUGUAUGAUGCAACUAUUCUGUGCUUGAAAGUAUGGUUCAAGAAGGAUCUUCUAAUUCUAUACGUGGAGAAGCUGCAAAAAUCUCUUGACAUCUUAAAUGCAAUGGAUCUUGUAUCAACUACUAAAGCAUUGCUUCAAACUUUGAGAGAUGCCAGAUUUGAUCUUCUCCUUGCAAAUGUGCAAUUUGUUUGCACAAAAUAUGAGAUUGACAUACCACAUAUGAAUGCUUCGUAUAAAAAGGCUACAGAUCGUUCAUGUCAACAACAAGUUGAUGCUAUUUACAAGCUUGCUGAGAAAUUUUAUCUUGAAGAUUUCAAUGAACAAGAGAUGUAUUAUUUGAGAUAUCAGCUAGAGCAUUAUCAGAUUGAUGUGAUUCAUCAUGAGAGCUUUCAGAAUAUGUCUACCAUUUCUGAAUUGUGUCGAGGAUUAGCUGAAACAAAUAAGUCACAACACUAUCAUUUGAUUGAUAGGUUGAUUCGUCUUGUUUUGACUUUGCAUGUUUCCACUGCCACUACAGAGCGGGCAUUUUCAGCUAUGAAACAUGUUAAAACUGUGCUUUGCAAUAAAAUAGAAGAGGAGUUCUUAGCAGAUUCUAUGAUGAUUUACAUUGAACGAGAGCUUGUUGAAGAUAUUGAUUCGGAUUCGAUCAUAGAUGAAUUCUAUACUACAAAACAUCGAAGGGUGCAGCUUUGA